AUGUCUGAUAAACCUAGUAUAGGCACUUUUGAUGACUUAUUACCGAAUGUUGUGCAGACUGUCAGAGCCUCCUCUUCAUUAGCAGCUCAGGAUGUUAAUUUUUACAAAUCAUUGGAUUCAGAAUUGUCUUCUAAGAUCGACGUAUCUGCCAAAAGCCUAUUGGAUAUUUCUAAUAAGCUCAUACAUUGUUCAUUUGACGAUGUAAAAGACAUACCAUUUGGAAAGGAUAAUAUAUCAUCGCAUAUCAACUGGAACCCUAUAGCAAAUGUUCUUGAUAAUAUAUUUGAGAAGAUCGAUAUCGCCUUUGAUCAAGCCCAAAAUGCAAAUUCACGAAAACUGAAUAAUGACGCAAAAGGAUUUAUUUACUUGGAGGAUAACAAUGCUGUUAAUGAUAAUUCUACUAAGAAUCAAGGAAAAAGAAUGGUGAAGCCUCAAAUUAGCUUUCGUAAUAAAGUUGAUAACUCUGAAACGCAUCCUUUCAAGCCUAAGAUCACGACCAAACCUAACAAAUUGAAAUCAUUUGAAGAAUCUACAAGAUUAAUUGUUCCCGCGAAGAAUGAAGAUUCAGAAGAUUUUGAUCCAGAAUAUUACGCUCAACCGUACGAAUUUGAAAUCGACCACCAACCUUAUCCAGAUUCUGUUUUGAUUAAGAAAGAACCUAUACCUUCAAGACCAUGGCAUGAUACGUCAGCCAUAUGGGUAGAAACAGUUGAUGCAUUAAAUGAAAUGAUAUCUUUAUUAUCUAAGCAAUCUGAAAUUGCAAUUGAUUUGGAACAUCACGAUUAUAGGUCUUACUAUGGUAUAGUUUGUCUUAUGCAAAUUUCCAGUAGGGAUCAGGAUUGGAUUAUCGAUACUUUGAAAUUGAGGGAUGAUUUAGAAGGUUUAAAUAAAGUCUUUACUGACCCUAACAUUGUUAAAAUAUUCCACGGUGCAUUUAUGGAUAUUAUUUGGUUACAAAGAGACUUAGGACUAUAUGUCGUUUCAUUAUUUGAUACUUACCAUGCAUCUAAAAAGCUCGGAUUUCCAAAGUUUUCUCUAGCUUACUUGUUAGAGACAUUCGCAGGUUUUAAAACCUCGAAAAAAUACCAGCUAGCAGAUUGGAGAGUUAGACCAUUAUCACCUCCAAUGCUAGCAUACGCAAGAUCUGAUACGCAUUUUUUAUUAAAUAUCUAUGAUCAAUUAAGGAAUAAAUUGAUAGACUCGGGGGCAGAUAGAUUACAAGAGGUUUUAUAUGAAUCACGCCAGGUUGCGAAAAGAAGGUUUGAAUAUACAAGAUUCCGUCCCAUUUCGACAUCAGGAGGAAAAGUUUCUUGUCCUAUCAUGGCAAAUAACCCCAAAGAACCGUUUUCAUCGAUAUUAUUCCAGUAUAAUGUUCCUUUCCAUAAAAAACUGUUGAUCGAAGCUUUAUAUAAUUGGAGAGAUUCUUUGGCUAAAAGAGAUGAUGAAUCUGUUAGAUAUAUCAUGUCUAAUCAAUUAUUAGUUAGCUUAUCAUCAUUAAGUCAACCAGUAGAUGUACAAAAAGUCUUGGGAGUUUCGAAUUAUGUUUCAGACUAUGUAAGGCAAAAUGCUAAGGAUUUGGCUAACUUGAUUGAAAAUACUCUAAAUAGUAUGGCAGAAAGUGACUGGGAUUUAGUCGAUAAGUGGAGUGACAUAUCAAAGGCUUCUGAUAAUGAAAAGUUGAAUAUUAGUAAUAAUGACGUUGAAAAAAUUAUAUCACAUUCAAGAGUAUUUGAAGACCUAUAUGCACGUCAUAAAAGGUUAUUAUUUUAUGACAGUAGUAUUUUACUAAACAAUAAAUCUGCAUUGUUUUCAAAAAUUCUCAAUAAAGACUACGAACUGUUUUCAGUUGAGUAUGACAUAGAAAAAAAUAAAGCUAUAAAUCAUACUUCUGAAGAUUACAAAUUCAGGCUAGAGUAUGCAUCGAAAAAUCUUCAAAUUGUUCCAUUUAUAGCAUCACCUGCGAUGUCUUAUCAAGAUGAGCAGCAUGAAGAUCCCGAGAGGCAACAGAUACAAAAUCUUCAUCCUACAAAAGAUUCAUUAAUUUCUAAUAAUACGAAAGAAAUUGAUCCUAAUGAAGUUAUUACGCUUCGUAACACCCAAAAACAAAAAGUUCUGAAGAGAGAAAAUAAAUUACUUGGGAAAGAAGAAGCUUUCGAUUACGACAAUGCAAACAAAAUAUUACUCGAUUCUUCUAGAAAUAAUUCUCGUAAAGAUAAAUCUAAAAAGAGGUCUUUUGAUCCUUAUAGCAAAGAGGGUGAUGGACCGAAAGGGGCUAAAAAAGUGAGAAGAUCAAAUACCGGCAAAACAUCCACUUUCUCAGCAAAAAAAUAG